AAACAAAUAACAGAUAAAGAAAUGCAUGGGCUGUGUGGUAACUCUGUGCCCUGAGCAUAACUCGUAAAAAAACAGCACACAUGUAGUUUUCCUAUUGUUUGUAAGGAUUACUCUUUAACAAACGUACGCAAGGAUGCAGGAUACACCGGAGCCGGCGUCGAGCAGCAGGCCGGAUACGUCAGAGAACACGGGAUUCGAUGCGUGCUCUAUCUGCGCCAGUCCCAAAUCCAUGUCUUCCGCUCUCCUCGAUCUGAGCGGCAACUCUGUUAUGCAGCGACGCCUCAACAGAGACUGGAAGUUACCGCCGGAGAUUAUCAAGAUGACGCUGCGUGCAAUUUGUGUGGAAUGCGUUUGCAAGCUGAACAUGCACUCGGAGGUGACACGCUCCUUGAUGCAGCGUCUCCAACGUUUGACAUGCGCCGGCGGCAAGUUGCCCACUGCACGUCAGAGUAGUCCACCCAUUGCGGACGCCGAGGUCUCCACAACAGUUGCUCCACUCGCACAGGAGGAGAUUCAUCCAGCUUCAUCGAGUCACUCGUCGUGUUCGGUGCUGCAGGCUUACUCCGCACAGCCACCGGAAUCGCCGACAGCGACGGAGUCGGGUGGGCAGCGAAACUCUGCCGCCUUGGAUGGCUGGAAGUGGCGCACGCGGCUCAUUUGUGCGCAUUGCGAGCGUGCCUACUUUCGUAGGGAUCUAUACACGCUGCACAUGCGUCGCUGUUCGCGUCGUCGUCGUCAUCAUCAGCAACAACAUCGUCCGGCCGUGUGCCGUGUGCGCAACGAGGCAGAGGAGCAGCAGCUGGAGGAGGAGCACCAGCUGGAGGAGGAUCUGGUUGAUGAGGCGCGUCAAUCGCGUACCUUUCAAUGCCGGCACUGCGAGAAGGAGUUCGCCGGCAUUGUUGCCAUGCGUCAACAUCAGCGGAUCACCCAUCAAAGUGUGCAUCGCUGUAAUCUCUGCGAGGCCGAGUUCGGUACCAAAUACGAGUGGGAGUUGCAUCACACGAUCUGCAGUGCCAAGCUGGAGGCUUUGGCGGAGCAAGCAGCCCUUAAUCAGCCAAGAUCGACGCGCUCUCGUUCCCGAGCUCGUUCCCGAGCUCUUUCCCACGCCUGGCAGCCAAGCACCGACGAGGAGGAGGAGGAGCAGGAGGAUGAGGAGGAGCAGGAUGAGGAUGAAGAGUACAACGGUGAGGAUGAUGACGAUGCCACCUCCGUGGCGGAUACAAUGUAUACGCGUCGCAUGAAUUUCACCGGCGACUGGAUCGUCAACCAUAGUCGGAGCAAUAGCAACAGUGCCCUUAAUCUAUCCAUGCUCUACGAUGACUAUGUGCUCGAGGAGUCGCACAUAACCACAGAGAAGGAGUAUGAUCUCCAUUUGCUUGAUAUGCUGAAGACGCAGGUGCAGCUGAAGGCGUUCUCCUGCUUUGCGCCCGGUUGCUACUACAAGACGGACACACUGGUCGACCUGAUGAAGCACGACUACAUGCAUCACUGGAAGAUGAGCUGGUUCUACUGCCACAAAUGCGGCGAUGUUUUCACCAGCAAGGUCUUCUUGGACUAUCAUCUGCAUCGACAGAAUCGGGGCGUUUACAUUUGCCACAAGUGCCACGAUGAGUUCGAGUUUCAGCACCAGUUGGAUCGGCAUCAGUUGAUGCACAGCAAGUGCAUCAAUUAUCAUUGCAACUAUUGCCGCCUCGAAUUUCUCAGCGAGCACAAAUUGUUGGCCCACUGCGAACAAGAUCGCCACAGUCCCAACGAUGAGCCGCCCCUCAUUCACAUCGAGCAUGCGCUCUCCAUUUGCAAUCCGGUGCCCAAGGAGCCCGUUCAGGUGCCUCAGUAUUCGGCACGCAUGCUCAACAUGCCACACAGAAUGUGGACAAAGGGACAACGGCCUACCUUGCCACUGCCACACAAUAAACCCUCGCGUUUGGCCAUUGGCAUCUGUGAAUUUGAUAAUCGCAAGCCACCGAAUUGUGUGGGCUGCCAGUGAAGCCACUCAGUGUUGCCUAAUAUCGUACAAAUUAUCCAUCAUUUAAAGCUAUAUGUAUAUUUGCACAUACAUAUAUAUAUAUAUAACGUAUCUGUGUCAAAUUGGAAUAGGAAUUGACAUUGUUUAAGAAUCGGAUUCAGAAACUAAAUUAAAUUAUUUUAAAGCACGCAUCAGAAUCGGAAACUAAAUUUAAUUUUUUAUAUAAACGUUGUUUAACCUGUUGUUUAUUUUUGUAUUUUGUAAACUUAUAUUACUUUUAUCAAAAAUACCUUAGCAGAAUAUCUUUAUAGUAGAUCCUGUUAUGUAAUAUAAACAAUCUGAAAUCCCUAGCUCUGAUAGUCUCCGAGGCUAGAUCGAAUCGUCUUCUGACGCUGAUCAUUAUGGGUUUGGAGUUGUUUCCUUCGUUCGGUGAAUCUAGCGGGAAUAACUCUAAGUGGGCAACACUGGUUAGCCAGGCGUAGUUCACUUCCAUCUAUAUAUAUAUAUAUAUAUAUACUUUAAAGUUAACUGCUAGUCGAGUGUGUUCGACUUUUGAAUGACUUUUGUUGUUUGCCUCAAAUAUGUUUAAAUUGAUAUUUUAGUUUGAUUUUAAUUCUUUUGAUGCUAGCAAAAGUCUGAUCCUAGCUAUAUGUCUGUGUUUAUAUAUAUUUUUCUAUUCGAAUAAAUGUGAAACUUACCAUUAAA